GCGGGUCCCCCUAAUCUUCAGGGCAGCUCCCAGAGCAUGGAGCCUUCCUGAUUCUACUCUUAGCCCAAUGUUCCUCACAGUCAAGCUGCUCUUAGGUCGGAGAUGCAGCCUGAAGGUGUCAGGACAGGAGAGCAUAGCCACACUGAAGAAGCUGGUGUCUCAGCGGCUGCAGGUGCCUGAGGAGCAGCAGCACCUGCUCUUCCGCGGCCAGCUCCUGGCCGAUGACAAGCACCUCUCGGACUACUGCAUUGGGCCCAAUGCCUCCAUCAAUGUCAUUAUGCGACCCUUGGAGAAUAUGACACAAAAGGAGGCCUGCCAGCCCCAGGCCCAGCCCCAGCCCCUGUGGCAUCAGCUGGGCCGGGUCCUAGGUAAACACUUUGAGCCGCAGGAUGCCAAGGCAGUGCUGCAGCUGCUGAGGCAGGAGCACAAGGAACGCUUGCAGAGGAUAAGCCUGGAGGACCUGGAGCAGCUGGCGCGGUACCUCCUGGCAGACGAGCAGUGCAUGGGGCCGGCAGGAGAGAGGGAGCCCAAGGCGGUGACCUCAGAGCUCCUGCAACAGGAUGGAGGAGGAGGCAGCAGUGGCAGUGGCUGA